AGCUGGGGGGGGGCACAGCGGAUCAGGCGUGCUGCUAGCCCAGCCCCACACUGUUUAGUGAAUGGUGCACUGGGCUCUCAGGGCGCCUGGGCUUACAUGCCACCUUGCGCACACCUUAGCUACAUCACUGCUAAUCAGGCUUGGUUUCCAGACCCUUGAUGAUCUUGGUUGCCCUCCUCUGCACUCGUCCACCUUGUCAACAUCUUUCUUAAAUUGUGGUGCCAAGAAUUGGACAAAGUAUUCCAGGUGUGGUCUAACUAAGGCAGAAUAGAGUGGUACUAUGACUUCCCUUGAUCUGUACACUAGACUUCUGUUGAUGCAACCUAUAAUAGCAUUAGCUUUUUUGCCUGCUGCAUCACCCUGUUGACUCAUGUUCAGCUUGUGGUCCACCAAGACUCCAAGAUCCUUUUCACAUGUACUGUUAGUAAGCCUGGUGUUUCCCAUCUUAUAUUUGUGCAUCUGGUUCUUCCUGGCUAAGUACAUAACCUGACAUUUGCCCCUACUGAAAUUUAUUUUGUUAGCUUGAGCCCAGCUCUCCUAUCUGUUAAGAUCAUCUUGAAUCCCAAUUCUUUUUUCUGCGGCAUUAGCUACUCCUCCCAGUUCGGUGUCAUCAGCAGAUUUGAUGAGCAUCCCCCUCAAUUCCUUCAUCCGAGUCAUUCAUAAAGACGUUGAAGAACAAAGGGCCCAGGACAGAAACCUGAGGCACCCCACUUGUCACUUUGUCCCAGGAUGACGAGGAACCAUUAAUGAGUAAUCAUUGGGUUUGGUCAGUCAACCAACAAUUCCACCUAACCGUUAACUCAUUCAACCCACAUUUUACCAGCUUCCUUGCAAUAUCAUGGGGGACUUUUUCAAAAGCCUUACUGAAAUCGAGAUACACUAUGUCCACAGCAUUCCCUGAUCCACUAAGCUUGUAACUCCGUCCCAAAAUAGAAAGGAGAUUCAUUUGGCAUGACUUAUUUUUCAGAAACCCUUGUUGGGUCUUACUGUUGAAUUAUCUGUUCUAGGACUUCUCCUGGUAUCAGUGUCAAACUCACUGGUCGGUAAUUACCUGGAUCUUCCCUUUUCACCUUUUUGAAGAUGGAUGAAAUUUGAAUUCAUUUAAAGUAGCUAGGUGUUCCCUUACUACCUCUUUUCCUAUUUUGGGCAGCAGCUCCCUCCUUACAUCAUUUAUUCUGUUAUCAAUCACCAGGUUGGGAAUUGCUUUCCUUUUGGUUGAAAUCAGAGGCAAAGUUGCUGUCAAGUAGUUUUGCUUUCUCUCUGUCACCCAAUAGCAUUUCUCCGUCUUCUCCAUACAGAGGACCUACCCUUUCCUCGUUCACCCUCCUUCAUUCUGCUGAAUCAUCCCAAUUUUCAGCAACACAAGACUAUCAGAAAUUAAGUAGGUUAAACUUUCAUUUUAUUCAAUAAGUGGUUUAUGAUCCUACCCUGAAGCUGCAGUAGUUGCAAUAUGCUGAACUGUAGUAACAGUUUGAUGUACGGUAAAGCUUCCACAGUUUUAUUUUUUUAAACAUCAGAAAGAUGCGUGUUGCAAAGCAGUUCUUCAUUGGCUUUACUUUGCACCUUAAAGAGUUAAAAAGAAAGAUGGAAUGCCUUGAGAAUGUUGGCAAAGAAGGGGAUAGAGAGAGAAAAGGGGUUUGUUUUCCAUCCUCUCUGGACGUAAUCCCGGCACUUUGAAAGCUAAGUGAUGAUUCUAGAUUUAAGUUUGUUUCUCGGUUCCUCUGCGAGGAGCUAAGCAGAGAAAAGUAAGAUUAUAAAGAUAGAUAGCUACACCAGGAGACCAACUUUUUUAAAAGUAUGCAACUUCCUUUGUAGCAAAAAAGGAAAAAAGAACAAAAAGGGGAUUUUUUUACAUUGUUCCCCAGUGCAACAGUAUUUUAUUUUAGAAGAUAUACAGAGACGUUGGGAGAAACUAUUCCCUGCAAAGGGGAACUCCUACGGUAGCAAAAUGGUUUGUUUUGGCUUUGGUGUUUUUCUUUUUCUUUCCCCCUUCCUUUCAUGGAAAAUCACUGUGACUUUUUAACUGUGCCAUUCUUUAGUAGUCUGAAAAAUCAGCAAACCACCAGGGACUACCAGCGCCAUACCUUCUGUUUUGCUAGCUGGCAUGGCUGCUGUGCUUUUGAGAUUUGAAGAUCUGCUGUACAGUUGGGACAGCCUAGUGUGGAACCUGACGUCGCGGGUUCUGGGGACUUAUCGAUUCAGAAACUUGCAGGUUGUGCGACUAAUGCUUAAACCAUGGUGCAUCUCCAGAGCUGUGUACCAGAUGACAGAGGGCCGCCGGUGUCAAGUGCACCUUCUUGAUGACAGGAAGCUGGAACUCCUUGUGCAGCCAAAGCUUUUGGCCAAGGAGCUGCUAGACCUGGUGGCAUCACAUUUCAACCUGAAAGAGAAGGAAUACUUCGGAAUUGCCUUCACAGAUGAGACGGGCCACCUGAACUGGCUUCAGCUGGACCGUAGGGUGCUGGAACAUGACUUCCCCAAAAAGUCGGGACCGGUUGUUUUGUACUUUUGCGUCAGGUUCUACAUUGAAAGCAUAUCCUAUCUAAAGGAUAAUGCUACCAUUGAGUUGUUUUUCUUGAAUGCCAAGUCCUGUAUUUACAAGGAGCUCAUUGAGGUCGACAGUGAAGUUGUGUUUGAACUGGCUUCAUACAUCUUGCAGGAAGCAAAAGGAGAUUUUUCAAGCAAUGAAAUAGUAAGGACUGACUUAAAGAAGCUUCCCGCUCUUCCAACGCAGGCACUUAAGGAGCACCCAUCUCUUGCUUACUGUGAGGACCGAGUUAUUGAGCAUUACAAGAAGCUAAAUGGGCAGACAAGAGGUCAAGCCAUUGUCAAUUACAUGAGCAUUGUAGAAUCUCUUCCAACAUACGGAGUCCAUUAUUAUGCAGUUAAGGACAAGCAGGGAAUUCCUUGGUGGUUAGGACUUAGCUACAAGGGAAUCUUUCAGUAUGACUACCACGACAAAGUGAAGCCAAGAAAGAUCUUCCAGUGGAGGCAGCUGGAGAACCUGUACUUCCGAGAGAAGAAGUUUUCCGUGGAAGUGCACGACCCUCGCAGGGCAUCUGUGACUAGAAGGACCUUCGGACACAGUGGCAUUGCUGUGCACACGUGGUAUGCCUGUCCUGCCUUGAUAAAGUCCAUCUGGGCUAUGGCCAUUAGCCAGCACCAAUUCUACUUGGACAGAAAGCAGAGCAAAUCCAAAAUUCAUGCAGCAAGAAGCCUGAGUGAGAUUGCCAUUGACCUGACUGAAACUGGAACUCUGAAGACCUCAAAACUAGCCAAUAUGGGAAGCAAAGGGAAGAUCAUCAGCGGCAGCAGUGGGAGCCUUUUAUCAUCAGGUUCCCAAGAGUCAGAUAGCUCUCAGUCUGCCAAGAAAGACAUGCUGGCUGCCUUGAAGUCCAGGCAAGAAGCUCUGGAGGAGACACUUCGCCAGCGCCUGGAAGAGCUAAAGAAGCUCUGUCUCCGAGAAGCGGAGCUUACAGGAAAAUUGCCAAGAGAAUAUCCCCUUGACCCAGGGGAAGAGCCCCCAGUUGUGCGUAGAAGAAUAGGUACUUCCUUUAAACUGGAUGAACAGAAAAUACUGCCAAAAGGAGAGGAAGCUGAACUGGAACGCUUGGAGAGAGAAUUUGCCAUUCAGUCACAAAUCACGGAAGCUGCCCGACGCCUAGCCAGCGACCCAAAUGUCAGCAAGAAGCUGAAAAAGCAAAGGAAAACCUCAUACCUGAAUGCACUGAAGAAACUUCAGGAGAUUGAAAAUGCCAUCAACGAGUACCGUAUCAAAUCUGGAAAGAAGCCAACACAAAGAGCCUCCUUGAUCAUAGAUGAUGGAAAUAUUGCCAGUGAGGACAGUUCGCUCUCGGAUGCUCUCGUUCUGGAGGAUGAAGACACUCAGGUUACCAGCACGAUAUCCCCUUUACAGUCCCCUCACAAAGGACUCCCUCCCCGUCCCCCAUUGCAUAAUAGACCAGCUCCUCCGCAGUCCCUGGAGGGACUCAGGCAGGUGCACUAUCAGAAGAAGGACUAUGACAAGUCCCCCCUCAAGCCCAAGAUGUGGAGCGAGUCAUCCUUGGAUGAACCCUAUGAGAAGGUCAAGAAGCGCUCUUCACACAGCCAUUCCAGCAGUCACAAGCGGCUUCCCAGCACUGGGAGCUGUGCAGAGGGUGGAGGGAGUAACUCCCUACAAAACAGCCCCAUUAGGAAUCUGCCCCAUUGGAACUCCCAGUCCAGCAUGCCAACAACACCAGAUCUACGGGUACGCAGUCCACAUUAUGUGCAUUCCACUAGGUCUGUGGACAUCAGCCCUACUAGGCUACAUAGUUUAGCACAGCACUUUAGACACAGAAGCUCCAGUUUAGAGUCCCAAGGGAAGCUCGUUGGGUCAGAAAAUGAGACGGGGAGCCCUGAUUUCUACACCCCUCGGACUCGCAGCAGCAAUGGCUCCGACCCAAUGGACGACUGCUCCUCCUGCACCAGCCAUUCCAGCUCUGAGCACUACUACCCUGCUCAGAUGAAUGCCAACUAUUCCACCCUGGCUGAGGAUUCCCCCUCCAAAGCCCGGGAACGGCAGAGGCAGAGGCACAAGUCAACAGGGAACCUGUCCUCCUCCAAUUCAGGGAGCAUGCCCAACCUGGCUGCCAGGAAUGGGACUGGCCACCACGGAGUCUACCUGCACAGCCAGAGCCAGCCGUCCUCCCAGUACAGGAUCAAAGAGUACCCCCUCUACAUCGAAGGGAGCUCCACGCCGGUGGUUGUGCGCAGCCUGGAGAAUGACCAGGAGGGACACUACAGCGUGAAAGCACAGUUUAAAACAUCUAACUCCUACACGGCGGGGGGAAUGUUUAAAGAGAACUGGCAUGGGGAGGAAGGGGACUCCGUAAGGCUGACCCCCUCCCGUUCUCAGAUCAUCAGGACUCCAUCUUUGGGCAGAGAGGGUCACGAGAAGGGGUCGGGAAGGACGAUGGUGUCAGAUGAGCUGAGGCUGUGGUACCACCGGUCCUCCCACAAAGACCACAGCCGCUUGUCGCACACUAGCUCCACUUCAUCGGAUAGCAGCUCCCAGUACAGCACCUCCUCUCAAAGCACCUUUGUGGCGCACAGCAGGGUAUCAAGGAUGCCUCAGAUGUGCAAAGCAACAUCAGCUGCCUUACCUCACAGUCAGAGGAGUUCCACACCAUCUAGUGAGCUAGUGGCUACACCACCAAGCAGCCCACAUCACAUCCUGGCCUGGCAGACAGGGAGCUACAAUGAUAGCUGUUACUUGGAUUCUCCCCUCUAUCCAGAACUAGCUGAUGUCCAGUGGUACGGACAGGAGAAAGCCAAGCCUGGAACUCUCGUGUGAAUCCCCUUGACCUCAGCUGUUCAAACGCAUCAAUGCCAUUCUGAAAAAUCACCUCACGGCCUCUCAUUUGCCUUACACUGGCGCCUGACACCAGCUUCAAGUCAAAGCACUUUUUGCAUAAGGCAACUGAAGAUGAUAUUAGAAAAACAGAUCCAUCCGCAGCCAGUAGCAGAAAACAAAUUCCACCAGUCCUGGUUACUUCAAACUGCCAUGUGCCUCACAGAGAUCACCCCAGAGCAGAGGGCAAAUCUACAAAUAACUUGAAUGUCAAGAACACCACAGGCAGCCAAUUCAAACCAUUCAAGGUUACAUACCGUAAGCCUCUUUCUUUGAUAUGUACAACUGUUCUAACAUAUAUGAUUAGAACUCUAAAGUCAAAGUCAAGUACUAGUUAACGCUAAUGUGACAGCUAUCAUGAAAUAGCCUUUUCAUUGCAGAAAAAGACUCUAGGGAAUGGAGAAUGAUCCUAUCAUUUCAGAGCUGAGCCAGAAUACUGUACUGCAACUGUUCUGUGCUGCCAAAGAUUUCAGUAGCUGUAUUAUGAUGCAUUUAAAAGUAUCCAUUUUCCCCAGAAACAGUAACACUACCGUACUAUUCUGUAACUUGGUCUCCAUCUUCUCCAUCUUGAUGCUCUAAGCCCCACUCUUCUAUGGUGAUACGCAUCCCACACAACCUGGGCAGAUAUCAUCUGAGAAAACUGAAAAGAUGAACAAGAUGGCACCCAAGGGCAAGGAAUUGCUUAUUUUUAACGUUCCUGUGAUUAGUUGCAAGUAAAACAACCAAUACAUUUUUCAAAGGAUUUCUAUGAUCAGUUGUGAAGUAAAAUGCCAAAAAGCGUUGUUUUGUUUAAAAUCAAUUUGCAUAGAAAAUGUCUCACAUUAAGGAAACGCACACCAUGUAAGCUUGACAGCAAAAUGCAGUAAUACUUGUGUGGGGAAGGGCUUACUGACUGGUCAGGGAAGUAAACUAUGCCUUUAAAGAGGAGUGCUUGGCAGUUUUUAUUUGUUUACGAGCAGUUUAGGUUGUUUUCCUAAGGUGAAUCAUGAAGAGCUUACAAAACCUUUUGACACAAAGUAUGGUUGUCUGCCAAUACCAAAAGAGAGGAAACUACAAGUUUACAUGUACACUUGAGCAAUGCUUUUUUAUACACUUCUAGAAAGCCAUCACACUUCACAAGGCCUCAGUACUUUUAUAAUGAACUAAUGCACAAAUUUAUAGGUCUCUGGUCAACAGCUAGUUUGCUGGAGGACCACCAGGGAGAAGGAAUGGCCAGGAAGAAGCAGGGAUCACAACAACCCUCCCAAGCCCAUAGACCACCUCCCAAGUCCCAAUGCCAGUAGUAUUUUGCCCCUGGAUGGACAACAGUGAGGAUCAGAAUGCCCUUUUCUGGUGCCACCAGUUGCUCAACCCCUGAUCUCAAUGGAUAUGGGAGCAGGCACACCAGGUCUUCACUGUGGUGUGAUGCUGCUGUCGUGCCACCCAACGGCCAAGUGUCUUGCCCCCUUCCCCAAAUGUUAUGUUUGUGUGCAUGCCGCUGACAAACUGAAGAGAGGCUCUAAAAAGAAAAGCCCUAAAGGCCAAUUUUGUUGAAUAAAAAAAGAAACCUUCUGUUCCAAGAAAUAAUCAGAUGCCACAAACACCAGGAACACAAGAAACCUAGAUUCUCCCAAAUGGAACAAAAAAACUACUGCUCUUCCCAGAAGGAAUGGUGGAAGAUUUUCCACUGUGAAGUAGGGCUGGGCAAAAUCUGAUAUAUCAUCAGCUAAACAUUGCAAUAUACCAAUUAUUACGCAAUAAGGAUGGAGGCACUGGCGGGCUUCAUGGUUUUUCUUGCAUUGUGAUAUUUGCAUAGCGCACACACAGACACACAUGUCAUGAUUUGUGAUAUAUUGCCAGGUCAAAAAUUAUGAAGCCAGUAUCAAAAUAUGGACUUCCGAGCCAUAUUAAUGUAUCGCGCAGCCCUAUGGUUAAGACUCAGUAAGGGUCUGCACAAGAACAGGUUGUCUUAUUUCUAUUUCAUAUUCAUCAAGAAGGCAUUAAGUAAACAUCCACAUCUUAAGCCCUUAUGCCAUUGUGACGAACAGAACAAAUGACAUUUCAUUUGAGGCAAUAACCGCAGUCUGUCACCAAGUUAGGCUUAAGCAACACUGAAGUCAGUAGAAUCCAAGCCCCUUAACAAGUACAGUACAGGUUUGCAGCCAAUGUUGCUUUUAAACAUCUCAUCUUAAAAUAAGAUUGGAAAAUGUAUUGAUUUAGUCUCUCUUAAAAAUGAAGUAUCAGCAAAAUAAUAAACUAUGAUGACAACAUGCAACUUAAAUGGCUUCUUCUUAACGUUUUACCAAGGAAAUUCUCCAAAGUUAAUGUUUCUUCUCUCCUACACACUGCCCCUCUUUGUGUGUCUCUGUGUGUAGCAGUGCCCUCUGCUGGCAACAUCCAGCACGUGGCUUCACAAACCAAGACAACCAACCUUUUCAACUUAAGUACCAUAUUUUUCCAUGUAUAAGAAAAAAUAGUGUCAAAAAUUAGUGGGUGUCUUAUACACGGAUACAUCUCCCCCCCCCCCAAUUUUCUUGAACCUGAGUCCCCCAAAAUAGGGGCCGUCUUACGGUAUAUGUAGUAUAUGGACUUAAACUGGUUUAACAUUCAUUCCCUCACUGUGGAGAACUAUAGUUUCCAGCAUACGAAAGGACUGCUAACAGAAUUUGCAGCCCCUUCAUUAAAUUACACUUCCUGUAAAUUCUUUAGCAGAAGCCAUGACAGGUAAAACUGGUAGAUUACUGAUUAAACUCACUAGUCCAGGCUCCACCUAAACAACUUGAUUUGUUUUAAUUUGUAUCUGAAAAGUGAAUCGGAAUGCUUGCCAAAAUCACCUUAGUAAACAUACCAACAGUAACAGAAAUCAGUGUCACCCAGUCGAGCUAAAAAGUUAUUUGUGACUAGUUUGCUUCAGUGCUUCAAUGGUCACACCUGAAAGCAGAUGGACUGGGGCUCCUUCCUUUAGCAGGCUGUUUGGAUGUGAUCCUGAUGGAGCAAUAGUUCCCGUCUGUUACAUCCUAAUGAGAACUGGCAUGUUAUUUUGCAGCAAUACCGGCAGCCCUGGGUCAAUAGAGAAUGGGCUCAAAUUUUCAGAAGCAGAGUAACAUUCUCAAGGGGGUGGGAGGGAGGUCAUGUUGGUUAGGGGAGAGCAGGGUGUGUUUCAUUUUUGUUUUUUCAGUCAAGGCACUUGUGAGCCAGUCUGGUAGUAAAGACAGAAUUUAAGUAAAACAGGUUUUACUGUUUAACUCAAUUCAGUUAUACAAAACUGUACAUAAAGUGUUAAUCAUGAGAUUAACAUGUUUUGAGUAUGAUAUGAGGGGGUAAACCAUAGCUAUUGUAUACAUGCACUUGACUACCCCCACUAAUAAUCCCCUUGAAUUUUGCUUUUGUAUCCAUGAAAAGGUCCCUCAUCCAAUAUUGCAUUUUUGUCCGUAUGUACAAACCACCACCCUGGCAGGGUUUAUUUUUAAAAUAAUAUUAUAUGCAGUUGAGUGUUGAAAAUGUUGGGAGGGGGGGAGGUCCAGUUUGGUUUGUUUUGUUUUCCCACCCCAGUAUUAGUUUUAGUUUUGGACAUAGCAAACCCCAAUCAGGUGCUAUCAGAUGACCAGUUACUGCUUAGUUAACUAGAUGUAAAGUUUUACAUACAUACACACAUACAUACAAAAUGGACUCUAGUUUAAAAUAAGGGGGGAAAUUAGAACUCUUCUGAAAUGGACUGUAGAGCAUGUAAAAUGAUUUUAUUGAAACUGUGCAACGGUAAUCAAGGGGAAGGAAAAAAAUGUUAUGUUGUAGAAAAAGUUGCAGAGUUUUUGUAAAAAAAUCUGCUUUUAAUUUAUUCUUUUUCUAUUAAGAAUUUGUAUAGUUACCUUUACAUUUUGCAAAAACAGUGUUGUCAACACUUCCUUAUUAAAGCAAUUUGAAGAUGAAAUUUGGUGUCCCUAAUUUUUUCUGCAGUAUCCAUGGUGACUUUAUGAGCAGUUUCUCUUAAUUUAGUGGUGCCCACUCCUAGUUGUGCCUACUGGCUCGGUGCACACAACACAUUAAACAAUAGUUUAAAUUAAAUGGUUUCUGUGAAUGAGCAGUGUGUUGUUCCAGUCCCGCUCCCCAAGCAUGGUGGAAACAAACCAGAGGCUAACUUGCUGUUAUAUGUAUGAAGCUGCAAUCGUCUAACAAGCCACAAUACACCGAGAUUUCCAGUGAUGUGAGAACCAGGCCCCUGCCUUCUGUCUUGCAUCAGCGGCUUCAAACAUUAGUGUCAGCAUUUGUGCAAACCACUUUUACUCUUUUAUAUCCAUGUGCAAGUACACUAGAGGGUGGGUAACUAAAUUUAGGGUAAAAAUAGGGCCUAAAGCUAAAAUACUACCAAGCAAGAUACCUCUCUUUGAGAGAAGGGUUCUAGCUUAUGAAACUAUCUCCCCCUCCCAUCCUAAAGUCUUAUUUAUCAAGAUUCCAGCGAAAUCCUUCAAAACAUUUCUGCUCAAUUGAAGAACAAUUUUCUUGUAUUCAUCAGCUAGUGAUGGUUAUCCAGGUUGUCCCUUGUGUAGAAGGGCAUAUAUCUCCAAUAUAUUUAUUGAAAAGAACCAUUAGCUGGAACACCAUCUUUGCCACCAAAUGCAGCAUUCCCAACCUAUUGUGUUGGCUCUUUGCAUGGUGAAGCAGCAGCCAAGUACCGGUAUAACAAGGGGUGCUCAGCUCUCCCUACAUUUAUAGCAUUUCAGAGGCAGCACGUCCCCCACCCCAAUGGAGGCGGGAUUUGAGAUGCACUUGCUAACCAGGUAGAAACAAGCAGCAGGAAAAGAGCCUGCAGAGGAAAAGUGUGCACAGGAAACAGUGGCCAGCAAGUGUGCACAGCCCCUCCCGCCAGCAGUUUUCUUCCCGCAAUCCCAUGCCACCCAAAAACCAAACAAGGUUGGGAAUCCCACAUUUGUCACUGAAUGUGUGUACCUUUGCCCUACUGUGACUGAAGCUUUUCUAGCACAUUCUAAAGAUUCAAAGUAAAGUUAUUCCCAUUUAAAGGCAAUUAAUUGAACAAAUAUGGAGGAAAGGCUUAUGGUGCCAACAUGCAAAAAACAACCCAAUUCAACACUUACUGACCUCAGCAAGCAACCAGCAUCUCAAAAGGCCCUUUGCAAAAAUCGUCAGAGGGAGUUUCUCUCAACACACUGCAGGAGGGCUUUUCUAGAACAAGAUACCCGUCCCCUUCCCUAAUUCGCAUUUAAAACCCUGCCCCGUGCCAUUCCUGACAUUGUUGUUCUUUAUAUUCUUUUGAAAGUAUGAGAGCUUUUAAAAUAAAAUAUUUAAACUGAGAAAGCUAGGACAAUACACCAGUUAUCAGGAAAGGCGAUGCUAAACCUCUGUGUGAAGUAACCCCACCAUUCCCUCCUUCCCACGCCCCGUGCCCCCAGGAAUGCGAGAAUGAGCCCAUAAACUUGGUAUCAUCACACUCUGGAAACAAAAGUCCCGUUUACUUUACCACAGUCCUGUAAGAAAUCCAGUCUCGACUGCCACGUUCUGGAGGAACAGACAUUCUUCUGAGAGUUUUCUAUCUGGCCUCCCAGACAGAUACUGGAGUAAAGAGCCUCCAGUCUUCCAUGAGAAGCAGCUGCCACAGCAGCAAUCACCCUAUAAUCUGUGCCUGGUGACUAAACAGAACAGAAACAGAUCAAAAUCCUGUUUAAAAAUGCAAAUGUUUUAUUUGCUGCUUACUCAGUUUCUUAAAGAUGAAAAUAUCCUGAACUGCCAGAAGCUUGUAUUGUUCAUAUGAUACAACAGGAUCAAACCCCAUGAAAACCCUGCCAACUUCAGAGGAUGGCAAGAAUUGAGCUGAGGGAGACUUCCAGAAGUUUGUCAAAUGAACUACAAAGACAGUUUCAACCAUCCUGAAAGAGAAUAGCGCACCUGGACUAUCAAUAUUCAGAGACCAAAGCAACUACAUAUUUACAAAUUAAGAACCUCCUGCAUUGUAUCUUCCAGCCACACUCAGCAAUAGAAUCUCAAGUAUUCAAGUGGCCUUAAAUAACCCUCCCUCACACAGUAAUUCAUGAUGUCCCAAGACAUUAUCAAAUAAUCCUAUGUGCCUAUGAGGUCAAAGUAUCUACCCACACAAGAGAGGCUGCCCGGUGUGUCCCUGAAAGAUUAAAUGUUGUGGACUCAUGUCUUUCCUAUCAACCUCUAUGAAAGGGGAGAGGGAGGAAAGUUACUGCGCUUCUUGCAUCAGAUGUAAUAAUAUUGUUCCACGUCUCUCCAAGUGAAAGCACAACAGAGGUGCACACCUUCAGAGGAGGCUGCUUCCUGCAUCUCUGGAUGAGUUACUGUUCUGGGCAUGCUUCCUGCCAUUUGGGAGUCAUGCUUGUAUUCGUGGUCAGUGCACAGCACACAAGGAAUGGGCUCCUCUGAAAUCAAGUUUUACUCCUAAUUAUUAAAAAUAAAUGUUUUCUGCAAUGAGUGAAGUUUUGUCUCCAUUUUAAAGAAAAGGUUGCCUGAACUAUCAGAAAUAUGGGAAGCACAGUCUUACUACCAUUAUUCUGAACAAAACUGAUGUACAUUUGAAGAAUUUAAGCUGCAAGACACACACUUGGAAGGCAAAGUGGCAUAUGUGGAUACUGUUCCGUAAACAGUCACAAAUUCAUUCAGCCUAAGAGCUGUAAUGGAAACGUCAUGGACCAGAGAAUCUUGGCUAAUCUGCAUACUUUAGCUAUUUGCAAUUAGCAUGUUUAGCAUUGUUAUCUGCAUGAACAUUAUGGAUGCCAAGGAACAGCUGGUGUAUACAUUUCAUGUGUUAGCCCUCACAUCAAAUAAGGCAGGCACUGAAUUAAAUUAAAGGCAUUAAAAGUGCUCUUGAAUGCACCCUCAGAACUUACAUUUUCAUAUUUUUCUGCAAGCUGAACACUAAACAUUUACUCAAUGUUUUCAUACCAGCCUAUGUCCUGAAAAUGACCUGCCAAUCCCUACACAGUAAAAAUGAACAAGUAUAAUUAAGCUCAAACUGCUGAACCUGACUGACUCAAGGUCUAUUUCCUUCCAUAUAAACCUGCUCUUGCUUUAGAGAUCUGUUUUGAAAGACCUAAUCUCUGUGCUUAUCAACCUGGACCAUUAGGCAAAUCAGCACUAUCCUUCUUCAUGGGAUGGAUCAGUCUAUGUCUGGUCUGCCCCAUUCCUGCACAUAUUCAUUCUUAAAUCCAUUCCAUUGUUGCAUUUGUCUGUGCAAUGCUAAUAAACACAAAAUA